AUGGCUCAGACACAAGCGUGUUGGCCCCCCACUCUGACCACGGAUCCUGAGAUUCUAGGCUACUUGACAGACAUCAAUAAGAUCAAUUACAGCCGUGACAUUGGCCGCUCCUUUCACCUCGGUGGCAACAUCUACCAUCAAUAUGGAGACACUUUCUGCAAGAACAGCAAAGGCGACUUCGUUGGAGUGGUUUGUUGUACUACUUCGAAAGUGGUCGAUCAAUCGAAGCCCUUGCAAAGCUCAUACCUAGCUAUCGAUUCAAACGGUCUUGUAAUGCCACUUCUCAGUCUGAACGACGAAGAGAUAGCGUAUCAGAAAAACAAUCCCGGGAACAGACCUACGCUUUGGGCGUUUGGCGGAGUAGUCGAAGUCGGAAAUGGCAUUGGAUUGCUUUGGUAUGAGAAAGGCAUCGACCAUAACCCUGGAAGCGGUCAACCGCAGACGUAUGAAUGUCUAGGGAUUGGCAUUGCCAAGGUGGCAAUAGAACGUAGCUCAGGUCAACCAACAACAGAGCGAAUACCUGGAUUGCUGUUCCAGCAGAAUGAACCGCAUUUUGGAUCUGCAUUUCUGGAUAACGGGUACAUAUAUCUAUAUGGGCAAAUUUCUGGUGACUGCAAGAUCGCACUCACCAGAGUACCACCCGACUCAGCCACUGACCGCUCGAAGUAUCAAUUCUGGAAUGGCUCCGGCUGGUGCACCAAUACGUCCGACUGUGCUCCUGCCUAUGCAGAUCUGCCCCAGGGGCAAGUCCUUCGCUCCAGCUUCUUUGGGACUGCGUAUCCCUACCUUUUCGUCGGCGUCAGUAAGUAUGGUGACAGCAAGAUUCGCGUAGGUCGUGCGAAAGCACCGGAAGGACCCUGGGAUAUCUAUGUUGUAGGUACUGCGAAAGGCAUCAAUUACCCUAAUGACUACAUGUACUGCAUCUUUCCCCACCCUUGGGCGUUUGCGGACAAAGACGGAAAGUUGAUGGUGACGUGGAGUGAGCAUUGGCCAGGUGGAGUAGUGGCUGCAAAGUUGAGCUUCAAGCUCGACGCUCAAGCUGCAAAACAGGGAUUAUAA